AUGAAUCAUCGCGACAACUCCCCUGUCUGGUCAUCCUCCUCCUCUGAGGAAGAAGACGACGUCUAUACUUCGCUGAAAAAAUAUUAUAUGUCUUAUAUAGAUUUUUGUGAUGUAUAUAAGAAAAAUGUUCAAGGUGAACUUGGACGUGGAGCAGAAGGUACAGCGUACUUAGUAAAUAGUGGUGAACAAAACUGUGUCGCAAAGAUCGGCCUUCCAGAACAUGAUGAAGAUUAUCUCCUCGAUGAAGCAGAUAUGCUUGUUGAGUUGGAUGGUGCUGGAGGUGCACCAAAGUUACUUGCUCUGUGUAAGGAGCGGAGGGCGGGUAUUUUAAUGAGUUUUUGUGGGUCCCAAACUUUCAGAAGCUUUGUAGCAGAGAGGCCCCCGCUCAAUGCUUGCUUAUUUGUUUUAUGUCUAAUUGGGAAAGGUUUAGAAGAAAUACACAAAAAAGACAUUCUUCACAAUGAUGUGAAGGCCGACAACAUCAUCGUGGAGACGGUUGGUGAUGGUCCGGAAGAUUUCGUCAUUCAUUUCAUAGACUUCGGCAGUGCUGCAAAAUUUGGAUCCGAGGUUUAUGAAGAACUACGUGAAAAUGAGGAAAAACCCAUCAACCUUGCACCCGAGGUGGUCGAGGGUGAAUGUCUGUGUACCGAGGCCUCAGACAUUUAUUCUUUUGGGCUCGUAAUUCUCAACACAAUCAUGGGAUACGACCAGGUUCCAUCAGCACUAAAAGACCUCGAAAAAAACAUGGAAAGGGAAAAUCCCGGAGACAGACCACAACUAAAAGAAGUAAACACCCUCUUGAGAAAAAUUUAUUUGGAUUACGAGGAAGAAUUGACUGAAGUCGUUGGGGUGGAAUCUGCUCCAAUGACCGAAGACCUAGGAGUGGAAUCUACUCCAACGACUGAAGGUGGAAUCUGCUCCAAUGACCGAAGAGGAAGAAUCUACUGA